CCCCGCCCCUCGCCCCGGGUAGGAGCGCGAGAGUCGGCCGCCGGUGGCAGCAUGGACGCGCCCUGGAGGGCCCUGUCCGCCGAGGAGCUGGAGAAGCAGUACUCGCCCAGCGAGUGGGUGGUCCGCCGGGGAGCCCAGGAAGCCCUGCAGACCUACUUACAGCUGGGAAGCGAAGCCACCAGCAAAGCCCGGGCCACCAGGAAGAGCCAGCUGGAUGUCCCCUAUGGAGAUGGGGAAGGGGAGAAAGUAGACAUUUACUUUCCUGAUGUGGUAUCUGAAGCUUUGCCUUUCUUCGUAUUUUUUCAUGGAGGAUACUGGCAGAGUGGAAGUAAAGACCAGUCUGCCUUCAUGGUCAACCCACUGACAGCACAUGGGGUGGCCGUGGUCAUCGUGGCUUAUGACAUUGCCCCCAAAGGCACCAUAGACAAGAUGGUGGACCAGGUGGCCCGCAGCAUCGCCUUCGUGCAGAAGAGGUUUCCAGAGAACAAAGGCAUUUUCCUGUGUGGACACUCAGCCGGGGCUCAGCUGGCUGCCAUGAUGCUCUUGGUUAACUGGUCCACGCAUGGAGUCACACCCAGUCUCAAAGGGUUUUUCCUGAUGAGUGGAAUCUAUGAUCUGGAACCUCUCCUGUCCACCUCCCAGAAUGCCCCUCUCCACAUGACACCGGAGGAUGCUCGGAGGAACAGCCCACAGCGGCACCUGGAGGUGGCCCCGGUGAAGCCUGGGAAUUCUACCUGCCCUGUGCUGGUGAUUGUGGGUCAGCACGACUCCCCAGAAUUCCACCGGCAGUCCUGGGAGUUCUAUGAGACACUGUGCCAAACAGGGUGGAAAGCCUCAUUUGAAGAACUGCCCAGCGUGGAUCACUUCGAAAUCAUUUGGAAUCUGACCCGGGAGGAGGACAGACUCAACCAGAUCAUUCUGAAAACCAUCUUCAGUAGGGCUGCAAGCCCUCUGCUUCCCAGAAAGCCUUUGGAGGUAAAGGCACAGCACUGACCUGCGCACCUGGCUCUGAGGUUCUGCUCCCUGCUGUGAAUGUGGCUAAUGUUCUUCCAAGUUCCCCUGGCCCCAGCCUUGAAGAAGCUUCAGGCAAUAUCCACAGUUCAAUCUGAGAUGCCUGAAGCCACCACUUGGCCAUGUCUGGCCCUUCUGCCUACUGACAGGGUGUGUGUGACAAAAUGACUUCUCUCUGGAGUGACUUGUGGAAGCUAUGAAUACCAAAAACGGAGCUGCUGGGGCCAGGAAGAGGAUGAGUGUUUGCUCAGCAUAUGUGAGGCCAAGUUCCAUCCCCAGCACUUGGGAAAAAAGUGAAUAAGGAGUCUUAAACUAGGAACUGGUUGCUGAUGCCUUGAUCCUAGCUAGUGAGGAGUCUGAGAUUUGAGGAUCAUGGUUUGAAACCAGCCUAGAUAGGAAAACCUAUGAGAUGCU